GGGGCGGGGCGUGUGGUGAAGCUGCCCCGGCAGAAACGAAAGUGAAAGCGGGGCCGGGCCGGGAAGUGAGGUGCGAGCAUCACAAUGACGGAUUUGGAGGAGUCCUUCGUCCAGCUGCCAGAUGAAGACUCACUGAAGAACUUCUCUCUGACAAUGACACCUGAAUGUAUCCAGAAGGAAAUUGAGAAGUACAAGGACCGCUGUUUUGCCCUGGAACAAGAUGGAGCAGACCUAAAAGCAGCAAAGAAAACUUCUGAGCAAAAACUUCAGGAAUUCCAAAAAGAAGCAGAACACCUUCGUGAGAAACUUGAGAAAGACGCACUUUUGAGUAGUGAGCUGGCAGCUUCCUACCAGACAAAGAUGCAUUUAGCAAAGGAGGAAAGGAGCCAACUGCUGCAACUGAAGCAGAAGCUGGAAGAAGAACUGAAAGAGCUGGAGAAGAGGAGAGAUGCCUACAAUGAGCAAGAAAAGGCUUGGCCCCAGGUGCUGCCUUCCCUGCUGGAGCGGAAGAUGGUGUUCAAAGGACACAUGACUAGGGAGGACACAAAUUCACUGGCAAUGACUCUGUUGAUCCAGUACCCACUGGCUGGUGGCUCAGCACUCAUCACCUUUGAGAACCCAGAAGUUGCCCGCAGGAUCAUACAGAAGCAGGAACAUGAGGUGGAGCUGGAUGAAUGCCGGGUGCGAGUGUGGGCAGGGCCAGUAGAGCUGCUGUUGCCAUCAUCUUUGGAGAUUGAGAUGAAGAGGAGCAGCAGGCGUAUUCUGGUAUCUAGCCUGCCCAACCUGGAUCUGUCUGAGGAGCAGCUGCUGGACAAGCUGGAGCUCUUCUUCAGCAAGAAGAAAAACGGGGGCAGUGAGGUGGAAUGGAGGGAGUUCCUGAGCGACACGAGGCACGUGGUGCUGUCCUUCAUGCAUGAUGGAGUGGUGGAGGAGCUGAUAAAGAAAGGGCACUUCCAGAUCCCAUUUGGGAACACGAUACAUGAAGUCAGAGUGAAACCUAAUGUGAGUGGAGCGAUCACAGACGUGCAGUUCCGUCCAUCCAUCUGCACCAGGACCGUGCUCCUGUCGGGGAUUCCAGAUGUUUUAGAUGAGGAGGCCAUGCAGGAUGCCUUGGAGAUUCACUUCCAGAAGCCAAGCCAGGGUGGGGGUGAGGUGGAUGCCAUUGGCUAUGUCCCAGCAGGUAAACAUGGGCUAGCCAUCUUUGAGGAAGACACGGAAUGAUACUCCUCCCCAGUCAGUAGCCAGAGCAUGGUUGGCAUUCAGGAUUGAGGACUGGGUCUGAGAGGGCAGACUUCUCUCUGAAGGGCUUUACCAAUGAAUCAAACCUUAUAAUGGAGCAUCGUGGUCUGGUUUGUGUGGAAUUAAAGUGUUGGAACAGCUGUUUAAGUUCCUUUGCCUGCA